GACCGCACAUCAGACGACUUCAUCAGGACUGCACAGCAUGGAGCUCUUCACCAAAACUCUGUUUCUGUGUUUUGCACUUGCCCUCGCUAAUGGAGCACCUGCGCACCCACAAGAUGCAUCAGUAGACGGUGGAGCUGCUCUCCCAGACCGGUGUGAAGGUAUUGAGUUUGAUGCCAUCACUCCUGACGAGAAAGGAAACACUUUCUUCUUCAAAGGUGCCCACUUGUGGAAGGGUUUCCGUGGUCAAGCUCAGCUCUCCAAUGAGUACUUCAAGCAGCUGGAUGACAUCCAUCACAUUGGCCAUGUCGACGCUGCCUUCCGCAUGCACAACACAGAGAAAACAGGCAAUCACGAUCACAUCUACUUCUUCCUGGAUGACAAGGUGUUCAGCUAUUAUAACUACACCCUUGAAGACGGGUAUCCAAAAGAGAUCCAGGAGGACUUCCCAGGAGUCCCUACUCACCUGGAUGCUGCUGUGGAGUGUCCCAAAGGAGAAUGCACGGCCGACACAGUUCUAUUUUUUAAGGGACAUGAUGUGCAUGUUUAUGAUGUUACCACAAAGACAGUGAAGACUAAGACGUGGCCCCACCUGCCUGCCUGCACCUCUGCUUUCCACUGGCUGGAGCACCACUACUGCUUCCAUGGACACAACUUCACCAGGUUCAACCCGGUAACUGGAGAGGUGGGCAGUUCCUACCCAAAAGAUGCCCGCCAUUACUUCAUGAAGUGUCCCAACUUUGGUCACGGAGGUGAUCAUAAAGCCCUUAAAUGCAGUGAGGUCAAACUAGAUGCCGUCACAACUGACGAUGCAGGCAAAACUUACUUCUUUGCAGGCCCCAACUACAUGCGUCUGGACACUCGUCGUGACGGCCUUCACACCUUCCCAAUCACCAGGGCCUGGAAGGAGGUGACCGGCGGUGUGGACGCUGUCUUUUCCUACACUGAUAAUACGUACUUGAUUAAGGAUAAUCAGGUUUACAUCUAUAAAGCAGCUGCUCACUCCAGCCUGAUUGAAGGCUACCCUAAAACCCUGAAGGAGGAGCUCGGCAUUGAAGGACAGGUGGACGCUGCUUUCCUCUGUCCUGGUGAACACACAGUUCAUAUAAUCCAAGGACAGAGGGUUCGUGACGUCGACCUAACCGCCACGCCCAGGGCCGUGACCCGAGAUUUGCCCCUGCCCUUGUCCGACAUCGAUGCCGCUCUCUGCGGUCCAGACGGAGUUAAUUUGUUCAAGGGCUCGCAGUAUUACCACUACGAAAGCCCCACGACACUGAUUAUGAGCAGGAUCGCCCCUUUUGCUCAAAAUAUUACCUCAGCAAUGAUGGGAUGUCAGGAUUAGGAAUCAGUGAGAGAACAUUUCAUAGUCUUUUCAGUGUCCCUAAACAAUACAGAGAGACAGCAUUAGCACCAAACAUCAACCUUUCUCUCCACUCACACACACAGCGAUUCAGACUGGAUGAAAGGAAGUUAACUUUUGUUUGUUGAAUAAAAAAUGGGAAACUGCU